AUGAGUAAUGUAGAGUCCAAGAUAUCCAGUCAUUCGGCAGGAACGGAAAACAAAGACCUGGAUCUAGAAGAAGAGACUGACGAGUUGCAAGUGACUGAGCAGAAUGUUUGCCAAACUAAGCGCGGAAAACCUGUCCAUCCUAUCUGGAGUGAUGCAUUUGACGUACCAGAUGUACACUGCAUUCAGAGUCCCAACAAUGCCCUUUGCAAGCAUUGCAAACAAUCUGUACGACACCAUCACAAAACACUCUCUGUUGAAACCCAUUUGUGUAAAUGCCAGCCUUUUAAAAAAAUCAUGAUGGAUAACGCGACCGUCCAGACUGGUGGAAUAACAGUGUGA